AUGCCCAGUAUCAUUCUUCAUAUCGUGCUGCGCCAUGAGGUGGUACAUCACCGCAGUGCAUCAUUUCGAUCAUCAACAUCAAAUCCCGCAACCGAGUUCAACUAUCUAGUCGAAGUCGUCCAAAAUAGUCUCAUCACAUAUUUGGAUGGCUAUGCUUUAGAUGGCAAUAAUGUAUCUUGGCUAGUAUUGCGGGCAGUCCUUACCUCCAAAAUAUAA